GCUCUGAAAGCGCUCGAGAAGAACGUCUUCACGCAGAGGGGGAAGCCGCUGAAGGAAGCGAUCCCUUUCGAGAUCCCUCUGGUGAUCGCCAUGGAAAAGUUCGUUUGCAGCGACCUCCACCCCAAACCGGCUCGGAUUUUCAUAUGGUGGGUCCUGUGCAUGAUCUUUGCAUCUCUCCGGUUCGACGACGCCAUCCACGUAAAGCCCCACGAGCUCGAGGUUAAGUCGGAAGGCCUGUUCGGAGUCUCCUGGCAAACAAAGACAGAGAGAAAACGUCGCGGUACCAAGUUCGUGGUCCCGGACGUUGCGUUCUCUAAGUUUCCAUGGUUCAAAGAGGGCCUCGAGAUGUUCGAAAUGGAGUUCCCGCUCGUCGAACGGGAUUUUUGGAUCCCGGAGUUGGAUUCGAAGAGCUCUUGGAGGCCAACGCCCCCAGAAUACGCUCGGUCUCUCCAGUGGCUCCACCACCUGGUCUUCGUGGCAGGUAAAGAGGACGAGGUCGCACAGCCCAUUCUGAGCAAUAUCACCGACCUCUCGUGGCACUCCGCGCGGGUGACUAUGCUUGAUCAGGCGGUCCACUUCGAUCGGAGUGCCCAAGAGAUCGGUGUGCAGGCGAACUGGAAGAACCCCGGCCCACUGGUUCUCAAGUACACGCGCUCGCGCAGCUCUCUGCCGGCAAAGAUGAUCAAAGAGCUCGUGCAGGAGAUCUCGCGCGAGUUCACGCCUGAAUGUGCUCAAGAAGAUGAUGAGAUCGACGACCACGAAGACCGCGACGUCACCCUCACUGAGUUCUUCGUGAAAGCUCCUGAGAAAGGAUCUAGCUACGAUUAUAAGUUUCAUGUUUGCUCUUGUGACUCGGUAGAGGAGAUCGCUUGCAAACGGGCGAUCACCCCCGAGUUCGUGCACAUUGGGUCGGUUCUCCCCAUCUUCGGACGCCAGAAGCUGCCCGAGCCCCUCUGCCUGCUCAUGGCAGACAAGGGUAUGCUCUUGGUCGAGCGCAUGGCUAUGCUCGGGGACAGCAUCGCCUCGGUCAAAGCGACUCUGAAGGCGAUCGUGGGUGAUGACAGCAAGUUCGGACCAGAGCACAUUUCUGCUCGCAGGGCGAAGAUGGAAGAAGAUCCCUCCAAGAUUCCAGAGAUUCCAGGUGAAGAUCAUGCUGAGUUCAGGGAGAUCUUUGUCAACCAGCACCCCGACGUGAUCCUCACUUACAUGCGCGAGCCGCACCGCAAGUUCGUGGAAAGGAUUCAUCGCGACUAUCUCGUCCACGGCGCGGUCGCGUUCUACGAAAUGGCCGAGAUGCGCACUCGUGCUGAUCGCAUCGUGCAGACGACAGGUUUCUCUAAGACUUCCGAUGAUCUUCUAAGGGUCGUGCAAUCUGACAAUAAGGUGUCGAUCGCAUCGGACUCUGACGUGAUGGAUCGACUGCACGCAUUUUUCAUUGCGCUCGAGUACUUGAACAUCUGCGACUUCACGAUCGAAGCGGGCCCUCUGAAGUACCUUUCGGAACUUGAGGAGUGGCGGCAUGACAAUCGGGGUCUUGCUGUGCUCUUGGCAGCCGAUUCUCUCAUCCGCAAAAAGGUCUACAAGUUGAACAAUGACAAACGAAAGGACUUUCCGUCCUUUUCGUUGGCACUCAGAGAGGAGAACAAGGAGAAAGACAAGCCAACCAAGCCUGCCAUCAAGCUCACAGAGAAGGUGGAGCGGGAUCAACGCGUCCCCGAGAAAGAGUGGAAGAAGAUCAUGUCUUUCUCUUAUACAGGCGAUUUUGUGGCUCUGCCUCCGCCGCCGGCUCUUGCGGCGAAUGACGCUCCCCUUCGGGAGCCGAUGGCUGCUCAACUCAGCUCGCCUCCUCUGUGGGAGCGCUGGUCGGAGGUGCCUCGGGACCCAGAUCUCGUCAAGGAUCUUGGCCCCUGGUGCCUCGAAAUUUUCUCUGGUUCAGCAGGCAUUUCUGCUGCCUGGCAAGACCGAGGCCUGCUGGUCUUGCCGCCGAUCGACGUGAUGCCUUCAGCUCUAGCGGGUGGGGAUGCGACUCUCGAAAAUCCAAGAUUAAGCUUGAUGUGGCAAGUUCCUCAAGUUCAGCAACUCAAGCUCAAGUUGCACCUGUACAAUGUGGAUCUUGAUCAAUGUCAGUUUGGCUCCAUGUUCCGCAAGCCUACUCGAUUUCUGGUCAGCGACGCUCGCCUCUUAACUUUGGCUCGAGCUUGCGAUGGUGGUCACACACACGUGCCUCUCAAAGGUCGAGUUCGCUUGCCAACCGACGAGGUGGUGUUCUUGACAAAGGUCGCUCAGGAGUACCCCACGCAGCUCUGUCACCAGUUUGCGGAGGUCACGCACUCCAUCGUCUUCGGCAUCUUCCCGCAGUUUCAGCCUUCGUUCGAGCUCGUUGCCCCUAAAGCUGAUCGCAAGCGUCAGCUCGGCGACGAGGUCGUUUGGAAAGGUCAUCGUCAAGACCAAGCUGCUCGUCUUGCGUGUUCAAGUGGGUACCAGCUCAAACGCGGUGCCGCCAAGCCGCUGCUCGACGUGGAAUGCGAGCCAGGGGUCGCAAUCCAGUGGGCUCUUCAUACAGCUCACCCUUUCACAGUUCGGCCAGUUCUGCCAAACGACACCCUGAGCAACGUCAAGACGAUCGUCAGCGAGCCGGACGAUCUUCAACAACGUCGACAUGCUCGUCUGGCUUUCUGGCAGCACCGCGCUCGGGAACUUCUGCCGGACACGGAUCGCGUGCUCCGGCGCAUUCCGGAUCCAGCGUUACGCCGUCUCCUUCGUGGUGUUCCCGACUACGUGGAUCUGCAACUGGGCUCCUGCACUCAUGUCAAGCUCUACGAGGAGUUCUCCAAGGCCAUCGGCUCGCCAGAUCCCCUGCUGCUCGAGGGCCUUCGCGACGGUUUCCCCAUCGUAGGAGAAAUCCAGCGCUCUGGUCGCUGGCCCCCGUUCGCCAAGUCACAACAAACCGUACCAGUUCAGGAAGCUCUCAAUCGGGCCUGGGAGUUUCGAUCGAAAAUUUUCCGUCGUUGUAAUGCUGUUCCAGUCUCGGACAAUCUCAGGUCUUUGUGGAAAGCCACGAUGGAGGACGUUCUCGAGGGCUCGACUGUGGGGCCUUUCGGCUCUGAAGACGAGGUCUCCGAGUUUUUGGGCUGCUCGGAUUGGAUCCCGACUCAGCGCUUCGAGGUGGUUCAGAAGAACAAAGUUCGAGGCUGCGAUAGUGCCACCUCCAACUUGAUCAACAGGACGGCGGUGAUCACCGAGAAGCUUCAGCUCGUCUCGACUGAUCUCAACGUCGCCGUUCUCAGGGAGUUGCGGACACGAGGCGGCGAUCGCGCUCUGGCUGGAUGGGUUCUUGACGAAAGGAAAGCCUAUCGUCAGCUUCCGAUUCGGCCCGAUCACCGCAAGUUCAGCGUGAUCUGCUUGAAGGAUCCUGAAGACGGGAUCCCCAAGUACUUCGUUAUGAUCGGUCACUCAUUUGGUCUGGUGGCCGCGGUCUACAACUACAAUCGCCGAUCGGCUUUCAUCAAUGAUUUGUUGGUCAAGAUCUUCGAAAUGGUGGCUUUCAAUUUCUACGAUGACAAGUACGGGUUCGAGACAGCGAUCACGACCCCUUCGGCGAAGCUCGCCGCGGAAAUCGUUCAUUUCAUCUUGGGGGCGCUCUUCGAUGAAAAGAAGCUGCAGCUCUCCGUGGCCCCCGUGAUCUUGGGCGUAACGUUCAACUUGGAAGAGCUCGUCCUUGAGAUCAAAGAGCAGAGGAAACAAGAGCUCCGGGACACGAUCGACUCUGUGCUCGAGUCCGGCACCUUGGAUCCGGGGUUGGCCGGGAAGCUCAAAGGGAAACUGAUGUUCGGAGCCAGCCAGCUCUGGGGGAAAGUCGGUCGAGCUUUCUUUCGCCCGCUCUCCGAGAGGCAGUACAUGAAAGAUCUUCAUGGCGAUCGCAUGGACCUCAACCCGGCGAUCGUUAGAUCUCUCAAAUACUGGAGGAGAUUGAUCCAGUUCGGGCCUCCGCGAGAGAUCUCACUUCGCUCUGAGAAGCCAUCUGACGUGGUGAUCUUCACGGAUGGUUUCACUCCUGAUCAGAGGAAGCAUGAGGCGGGUCCUGAUCGGAUUGGGGCGGUCAUGUUUGAUCGUCGAGCUCAGGCGCCCAAGCAGCUCGCUGAGGUGAUCCCACGGGUGAUCUCCGAGAAGUGGAUCCCGCGAAAGACGCAGAUUGUUCCUAUCGAGAUGAUCGCGCCGAUUCUCGAGAUCGAGACGUUUAGAGAUCAUCUGAGAAACAAGGACGUUUUGCUCUUGAUAGAUUCUGAAGCCGUGGAAGCAGCUCUUGUGAAGGGAUACUCUUCAAAAGAGGAUCUUUGCGAGUUAGUCGAGAUCUUUUGGGAGCUCGCUCUUGAGUACAGGAUCAACUUCUUUAUCGAUCGGGUCUCCACAGAUGCUAACCCUGCCGACUGGCCAUCGAGAGAUCAACUCGAGAUCGGCCGGUCAGCGGGCUGGGAGACCGUUCUGACUUCAUGGCCCGUAGUGCUCGCGGAUUUUUGA